CUAUUUUACAGCCAGGAAUGGACAACAGGAGAAAGGAAAAGGUUACUAGAAAUAUCUUAUCAAAGCGAACAUCAGCUGCAUGUGGAAAAAUCCUGUCAGACUAUGAGAAGCAGCGAGUAGAACAAAUACGCCAAAAUAAGGAGAAGAUGCUUGGAUUAAAUAUUGUAGGUAUUUCUGCAUCAUUAUCAAGUAUGGUGGAUAGUCAGAGUGGGAGAAAGAAAAAUGUAAAACCAAGAAGCGAUCCUAACUAUGUUCCCACUAUCGAAGAAAACAACUCUUUAGAGACAGGUGAAAGGGCAAAUACUCCAAAAAAGAAAAAGCAGCAGUAUAUAGCACCAUUGUCACUUAAUAGAGUUCUUAGGAAUAAGCAACCUGAAGUCAUGUCAAGAAAUGAUUCUAAGAAUCAACAUCUACCUGUGGAAAAAGUUAGAUCACAAAACGACAAAGGUAAGAGUCGAGCUACAGAUGUGAAUAUGAAAAUGGCUGAAUUUUUAAGACAGAAAUCUAAAGAGCACAACCUGGAACCAUCACGUAGCUCUGAUAUUCAAGUUGAUGUUAACAUUGAUGACAUCCAGGAUGAAGGGCAAAGGCAUACAAAUAUGAGUGAUUGGACAGAUGAUGAGGUUUUAGAUAGCACCGAGUUUGAUGGAAUAGAAGGUGGAAACAAGUUUGCACAAGAGAAUGAUGAUAUUUUGAUGGAUCAAUAUGUUGAAGAUGUAGACAAGGAUGAUGAUUUUAUGCUUGAGUUAAACAGAAUUGAGGAAACUGGUAAUGUAAUGCCUCAAACAUCAAAUGUUCUGCAAAAGGAAAGAAAAACCAGAGGACCUACAAUGAUGCAUGCAGUGCACACGCGAGAACACUGUGUAACCAUCAUACUAAAUAAAUUUGGUCAACCGAUUGGACCGGAUAAAAAGACACUAGAUGAGCUAUCGUCGUUUUUGGGAACAAUUGCCCACCAAUAUGAAUUCGCUCCACUAAUUAAUCGUACUUGGUUACGCGUGCCAAAUAAGGAAAGGAUGUGGGAAUAUGUGUUGUCAAAAUAUGAUAUUCCCAUAAAAGGACAAAAGUGGGUGCUAGCUACCAUUGGAUCUGCAUGGAGAGUGCACAAGUGUCGACUCAAGCAAAAAAUUUGUAAAACUUUUAAGGAUAACAAAGCUAGAUUGAG